UACACGAUCGGUGCACGAAAGAGCGAGUCGAGCUACUAACAAUGAGGCAUGUUCCUAUUGUGAACGCGGCUGUCGCUUGUUGCUUUAUUUGUCUUGCUGCUGGAGCUGUUCUGUCUGCAGCAGAGCGCACAGGUUUGUAUGACUAUGGUAAUUCCACAUCAAAUCAAUGCGGCGCUGGAGCCUCCUCCCAAAAGGUUCAUAUCGGUUUCAUUGCUGCUGCCAUUGCCGUAAUUUUUUUCGGGAGCCAGUAUUUGCCCGUGAAAAAGUUUGAUACUGGAGAUGGAAUAUUCUUUCAAUGGAUUAUGUGCAUUGCAAUUUGGAUUUGCGGUUUGGUUGUUAACUUGGUGAUAUCGUACAGUCCCCCUCAACAUAUGAAUGUUACCGAGAGCAUCUUUAAUGGUCAUGGACGGACGCCUUUCCAGCCACUGGCAAUGUUAGGAGGGUUUUUCUGGGCUACAGGGAAUGUGCUCUGUGUUCCAAUUGUGAAGUGCAUUGGCAUGGGCAUGGGAGUUCUUGUGUGGGGCACAAUCAAUUGUCUUGGAGGUUGGGCAAGCGAUAGGUUUGGUUGGUUUGGUUUACAUGCCGCAGUGCCUAAAAACAAUGCAGAAAACUUUGCCGGUGUAGCAAUGUGCAUCUUGGGGGUUACUACAUUUUUCUUUGUGAAGAGUGAGGGAAAAGUGAAGAAGACAAUUAUGGAUGAAGAGGAAUCGGUUCUAUCUCCGCAGCACAGUGACAUUCAGUUACCCAUCACUAAAAAGUUAAUAGCAGAAGAAGCAAUUGAAGAGGGCGAUAAAUCUUGGGUUGAUAAUCUGUCUUCAACUCGACGUCGUGUAGUGGGAUUCGGAUUGGCAAUCAUUGCUGGCUCAUUCUUUAGUGUUAACUUUGAUCCAGUCACAUACCUCCAGCAAAAUUGUGAUAAUUCACAGGACGGACUCUAUUACGUUUUUUCACAUUUCUGUGGUAUUCUUCUGACAAGUACAGUAUACAUGCUAAUAUACUGUGUUGUGAUGCGCAACCGACCUCAAGUCAUCUCUCAAACUGUUCUACCUGCAAUGGUAUCUGGAGUUCUAUGGGCAGUUGCUGACACUAGCUGGUUUGUAGCAAAUGCAAACCUCACUCAGACAGUCAGUUUUCCCAUUGUUGCAACGGCUCCUGGUGUUGUUUCUGCGUUGUGGGGUGUCAUUUUGUUUCGUGAAGUGAAGGGACUGAGAAAUCUACUGGUGUUGACCCUUGCCUGUUGUAUAACAGUAUCAGGUGUUAUACUGACUGCUCUGUCUAAAACGUGAUCGUGAUUAAUUUGAUUCCUAUUGAUGGACAUUUUGUAUUGUUGAUUAUAACGAUUUUAUAUGGUUUUGUCAAUGUAUUGCACUAUUUAACGACAACACGAUCAUAAAUCUUGUCACUCA